UAUUUUGCAUUAUAAACUAUUUUUAUCUAAAAAAAACAGCGACCGUGAUUAACAAUGGUUUUGCUCUGGCUUUACAUUUGCCUGACGUCAGCCAUCUUGCUUCUUCUAUAUGCCCGAGACGCUCCGGGUACUUUCUGCCCCUUACAACAGAUCUAAGAUCAGUUUUCCCACCCCAAUCACAUCCUCGGCCAUUUGGCGUGCAAUUUUGACUCUGGUCCAGGAUCAGUUUCUGAGGGCAGAAAGUGCCUACCACCGCCCGGGACCCGAGUGCGGAAGUAGAAACAUCUCUGUACGGGUUCAGGGUUCCGCCUCUGAAUGGUGAGAUAGCACCUCUACCCGACACAGACUACUUCCCUGUAAAGAUCGAGCCCCGCAAAUUUAACUCGCUCGAUUGCAAGCGAUGGCUGGACGGUUACCGGCUUGUGUAGUCGACUGUGGCACCGGAUACACAAAACUUGGCUAUGCUGGGAACACAGAGCCACAGUUUAUUGUUCCAUCAUGUAUUGCCAUCAAGGAGUCUGCAAAGGUUGGGGAUCAGGCCCAGCGGAGGAUGAUGAAGGGGGUGGAUGAUCUGGACUUCUUCAUUGGGGACGAGGCCAUAGACAAACCCACAUAUGCCACAAAGUGGCCCAUCCGUCAUGGCAUUGUGGAGGACUGGGAUCUGAUGGAGAGGUUUAUGGAACAGGUCAUCUUCAAGUAUCUGCGGGCAGAACCAGAGGACCACUACUUUCUGUUGACAGAGCCUCCCUUGAACACACCCGAAAACCGCGAGUACACAGCGGAGAUCAUGUUUGAGUCCUUCAACGUGCCGGGACUGUAUAUUGCUGUGCAGGCAGUCCUUGCGUUGGCAGCCUCCUGGACGUCCAGACAGGUGGGGGAGAGGACCCUGACCGGGACGGUGAUCGACAGCGGGGACGGGGUCACGCACGUCAUCCCAGUGGCUGAGGGAUACGUGAUUGGCAGCUGUAUAAAGCAUAUCCCCAUUGCGGGGCGGGACAUCACAUAUUUUACCCAGCAGCUCCUGAGGGAGAGGGAAGUGGGGAUUCCUCCAGAGCAGUCCCUUGAGACCGCUAAAGCAGUCAAGGAACGGUUCAGCUACGUCUGCCCAGAUCUAGUUAAAGAGUUCAACAAGUAUGAUACAGACGGGUCCAAAUGGAUCAAGCAGUAUACUGGCAUCAACGCAAUCAGUAAGAAAGAAUUCACAAUCGACGUGGGCUACGAGCGCUUCCUUGGGCCAGAGAUCUUCUUCCAUCCAGAGUUUGCCAACCCAGACUUCACUCAGCCCAUUUCAGAGGUGGUGGACGAGGUCAUUCAGAACUGCCCCAUUGAUGUCAGACGUCCCCUUUACAAGAACAUUGUUCUCUCAGGAGGCUCCACCAUGUUCAGGGACUUCGGCAGACGCCUGCAGCGGGACCUUAAGAGAACAGUAGAUGCCCGGCUGAAAAUGAGUGAAGAGCUGAGCGGCGGGAAGUUAAAGCCAAAACCAAUUGAUGUGCAAGUCAUCACUCAUCACAUGCAGAGAUACGCUGUUUGGUUCGGUGGAUCCAUGUUAGCCUCAACCCCUGAGUUCUACCAAGUCUGCCACACCAAAAAGGAUUACGAAGAGAUCGGGCCCAGCAUCUGCCGCCACAACCCCGUGUUCGGAGUGAUGUCCUAAGCGCUGACCUCAGUCAUCCCUCUGGGCCCGCUGGAGAAGAGGCAUCGUGGAGGAUGGAGCGAGGGCGGGGGGACGAGUGAACAUGCUCUUUGAUGGCUGACAUGGUCUGAAUGCACCGAAAUUACCGGGGGGG